AUUUUAUUUAUAUAGCGGCAAUUCACAGCAGAAGUUAUCUCGAGACAAUGUACAUAUAGAGCAGGUCUAGAUCACACUCUUUAUCUUAUAAAAUUUACAGAGAGAAACCCAACAGAUCCCACCAUGAGCAGCACUAGGCGACAGUGGUAAGGAAAAACGUCCUUUUAAGAGGCAGAAACCUCGAGCAGAACCGGACUCAGUCUGUCCUCCUCUGCUGCCCUUUUCUCACCACUCUGAUGGUAAUAUACAGAACCACUUCCUGCACUACAGUGUUGUCCUAAUAUAUGUAAACCUUUCUUUCUUUCUUUCUUUCCUCUGGGCAGUUCACCCCUGACCUUUGUACCACUCAGUGUUAAUGACUGGACUUGUGUUGCUUUAAUUUCAGAAAAAAUGGCGGAAAUGUCAGGAGAAUGACUCAUGUCCAUAUGGAUGUUUUCAGGUUUUUGUAGCAGAGAGCUCUGUCCACAGUGAAACACCUCAACAACAUCCAAACUCUCCUCAGUUUAACAGCAUCACAGCUACAUGUGGUGAGGAGUGAGACACACAGCUGGCUGACCUCUGCAUAGCCUACAUAUUUUCCUGCUUCUGUCCUCUGACCUGGGAGGAUGGGGGAGUCAUUUAAGCCAUAAACUCUUAAGCCAUCAGUCAUCUCCACUGAAUCACUGAUUUCAUGAUCCCCAGAGAAAAAAAAAAACAGAAGUCAUGUUUAUGACAGCAGCUCUGCUUGUGAGGGGUGGGGGGCGAGCUGCCGUUGUAUUUUUGACACCUCGGUGGAUUUAUAACAGAAACAUCCUCUCUCUGUCCACAGACCAUCAGGUUUCCUGCGGUCAGGGUCUUGGCAGAUUCCUGUGGAGCUGUCAGGUAUGUUGAAGUUGUGAUGUCAUUUGGAGGUGAAUAUACAUUUUCCAUAUGUCGUACUGUUAUUCAUACCUCUAACCCCGUCUGCUGUGGUUUUCUACGCAGGGGUAUUUAGACCAGUAACGAUUGAAACACAGUGUCUUCAUCGACAUGUGUAAUAUUUAAAUACAAAUAAAGAUUUGUUUAAAAAAGAGAGGGGGAGGGGUGAGGUAGAGAAUAAGCCCCUCCUCCUGUAGAGAGCAGGCCUGGCUGUUGACAGACUAACGGAGACCGGACUCCCUCUCAGACCUUAGUCCUACCGCCGCUGGAUCAUCGGUGACUUGGUGAAGUUGGACCCUGAGUGCAGGUGCUGCCUCUGUCUCACACUCUUUCCUGUCUGUUGACAGUUGUAUCAUGGCAUCCUCCUUGAUCAGCCGUCAGCUCGCUCUCUCACUGCAGAAGAACUUGUGGCUCAGUGCUCCAGGCUGCAGAUAUGUCAGCAAGGCAGCAACAAAGACCCAGGUGGAGUUUGACUAUGAUGGACCCUCCAUGAAAACUACAGUUCCUGGGCCACGAUCACACGAGCUGACAAAACAACUGGGAGAAAUCCAGAAUGUUGGUGCCAUCAACUUCUUCUGUAACUAUGAGGAGAGCAGGGGGAACUACCUGGUGGAUGUGGAUGGCAACCGCAUGCUGGAUGUCUACACUCAGAUCUCCUCCAUCCCAAUUGGCUACAACCACCCCGCUCUCCUCAAACUGAUGGCCAAUCCCAACAACCUGAGCACAUUUGUGAACCGACCUGCGCUGGGAAUCCUGCCGCCUGAGAACUUUCCAGACAAACUCACUGAAAGUCUUCUCUCAGUGGCUCCCAGUGGAAUGACUCGUGUUCAGACCAUGGCCUGUGGCUCCUGUUCCAAUGAGAAUGCCUACAAAGCCAUGUUUAUCUGGUACAGGAACAAGGAGCGAGGCCACAACAUACCAUCUGAUGAAGACAUCAGCACCUGCAUGAUAAACCAGGCCCCGGGCUGUCCAGACCUCAGCAUUUUAUCCUUCAUGGGAGGUUUCCAUGGAAGAACUAUGGGUUGCUUGGCAACAACACACUCAAAAGCAAUCCACAAGCUGGACGUGCCAUCAUUUGACUGGCCCAUCGCCCCGUUCCCCAGACUGCAGUACCCAUUAGAGGAGUUUACCAGAGAGAAUGCACAGGAAGAGGCUCGCUGUCUGGAGGAGGUGGAGGACCUGAUUGUGAAGUGGAGGCAGAAGGGGAAGCCUGUGGCAGGGAUUGUAAUUGAACCAAUCCAGGCUGAAGGUGGAGAUAAUCACGCCUCCCCAAACUUCUUCAGGAGCCUCCGCAACAUUGCACGCAAGCAUGGCUGUGCCUUCCAUGUGGAUGAAGUCCAGACUGGUGGGGGGUGCACAGGGAAGUUUUGGGCCCAUGAGCACUGGGGUACGGAUGACCCUGCUGACAUUGUCUCCUUCAGUAAGAAGCUUCUGACUGGAGGCUACUACCACAAGGACGAACUACAGGCUGACAAGGCGUACCGUAUCUUUAACACGUGGAUGGGUGAUCCAUCCAAGAACUUGUUCCUGGCUGAGGUUCUGAACGUGAUCCGCAGAGAGAACCUUCUGGAGGAGGUGACCCGUUCUGGGAAGGCCUUGCUAAACGGUCUUUAUGAGCUACAGGCUCAAUACCCCGGCAUACUGAGCCGCGCCCGAGGACAGGGGACCUUCUGUGCCAUUGAUAUCUGUGAUGAUGCAACACGCAACAGCAUCUUGCUCAAGGCCAGAGACAAAGGUGUCCUCCUGGGGGGUUGUGGGGAUCGAUCAAUCCGUUUCCGUCCAGCGUUGGUGUUCAAGGAGUACCACGUUCACCUCUUCCUCAACAUCUUCAACGACGUGUUGGCCCAGCACAAAUAAAUCCUGACCCUGAAGGAACCUGAAUUACACUACAUGAGCCUGAGUUCAUCCAGAGGGGAGGGAGGGAGACAGCCCAUGUCAUGAUAAGCACAAUCCACACAAUAACUCGCACAGAUAUUCCAUACAACCUCCAAUUCAAAAUCCAGGGCCAGUUCAGUUUAGAACAGGGAAGACUUGACAGUCUUCAUUUCCUUAGCCUAGAAAUAAUUAUGGUGAUAUCCUCUUACUUGUACCCAGUAAACCGCUCACAUCAGGUGCCAGUGGUUACUGUGCACAAUGUUCAUGUUGCUGUAAAACAAAUCUACUGCAAUGACACCAAACUCAAACAGAACUUUGAAUUAUGGUUUCAUGCGUAGACUGACUAGACUACAACUACUGACUACAGUGCUCUGGAUGAAGUCCUGGCAAGUUGUCCACAAUGUCAGCUAAUCUAGCACCCUCUGUUUCACACUCCAGUACCAUUGUUCCACAGGCUAGUUUGGCCAUCUUACCCACAGUCUGUUGUGACUGUACUGAGACAUCACUCAACCACAUUUCCCAAAAUGUAGCAGUUUGACGUUCAGACAUUUUGUUUCAUGUGAACGCUCACCAAUUUCUGUUUGUCAGGAGCUGUUAUUUUGUUAAACCAAUUAGUGGUGGGUCCCGUCCUGCCUGCAUCAUUUUCAGUUGGCACAGAAGCAGGGAGCAGUUGAUGUUUCAUGUUCAUUGAAGAAAUAUUUUGAUCUAGGGUGUAUUUCUGUAUGUCAGCUGAAAACAACUUACAGCUCCAUUCAUCUCAUCCCAUCUCCAGUUUUUCCACUUCUGGCACAGAAAGAUGACGUCCCUUUUCUUAAUCUGGCCUACAAAGUUCUGAAUAGCUUGAAUUUUUUGUCCAACCUGGGAAGGAGCCGCUAAUGUGCACAACAUCAGACCUUGUUGACUCUCUGAAUAAAUCUUAGAUGUCUGAGGUUCAGAGGUCUGGAACCAGGCUAAAUGUGGGUCUGUUCUUUUUGCAGGUAGCACAACAUUAGAUAAAUGUAAAUACGAUGUCAAAGAUCCCAAAUAUAAUGAACCUCACUUAAUGGCUCAGAACAAAGUCUUCAUUCAGCUUCUUUCAUGCUCAUAUGCCACCGUUUGAAGAAGACAGACAGUCAUCCUGGACACAACUCUGUGUCAGUGAUGACUCCUAUGUAGGAACACACAAUACAGCCAAGAUGCCAGCCUGCAUGUCAUUUAAUGCUGCCCAUUAGAAAUGUCCUUGUUAUGAUUCUGACUGUUGUGUUGCUCUUAAUAGGAAUGAUUUUUCAGCUUGAAAUGUUGUAGCCCAGAAAAAUGUGAAUCUUGAACGGACCAUGAAAAUGUCAUAGAUUAUUUAGUGCCUGCAUGUUACCUAAAUGUGCUUUUUUUUUCUUUUUUUUUUUUUUUGCUACUGGCUCAGAUGAGAGCGGCUGUCGGUAACCUUAACUUACCUUUGCACAUUCACUUUACUCUUGAACAAAAGCUUCAUAUCAGUUGCCACAUUUGUUUCUGGAAACUUAUUCCACUAUUAUUCAUGUUCAAGUCUCACUUGAUUAUUUGAUUCAUGUGUGACAGAACAGAGAAGUGGUCUCAUGGUCAGUAAAAUUCAAUAACUAACAAGUAGCCUCUCAGGCUUGUUACCAGCACUUGUUUGGGACUGUCUCAUCCACUGAAAACAGAGCAAAGCACAGACCUCACCGUUGUGUCUCUUGUCCAGGUAGGUUUUCCAGUGUGGUUUCCUCUUUGUCUCAUGGUCCCAUUCCUACCUCCUGAGACCAGAGGGUACUCAGCUGUUGGAGAGAAGUGUGGUUGUAGCUUGGCUUUUUUCCCCCACAACAGCCACAAGGGGUAACAAUGAGCCUGUUCCACACCUGGAAAACAAACUCAGAGAAGCAACAUAGCAGCAGGCUUUAUGUUUUAUUGGAAGUGUUUUCAUACAGAUUAUUCACUCCCUCAAGAGAAAAGACUGACUAACUAGAGCAGCACAGCUGCUUCCCUGAGCUUUUCUCUCACACUGUGGGUGAGACAGAGCCAGACUUCUCUAACUGUCAGUGGCUGAAGUUGAACUUGAAGCACAGGUCCAUCAAACAGGGCAGUCUACAAACACAUUAGAUCAUGGGUAAUACAAAGAAGAACAACUUUACAGCACAAAUUUUUAUCAAUGCUUUUUAUUUUGUCAGUCUGCUCGAGCUGAUGUUCUGCUACUAGUGUAGAACACCUGAGAUAUUCAUCAGUGUCUGUGAAUGUUCCAUGGAGCUUUUAGGCAAGUGUUAGGAAUGUGUAACAGUUCAUUUAAAGUGUUACCACAUUAAUUUCUUUCUUAUUAUUAACUUCCUAGAAUCUAAUUCAAAUAUGUGUAUUUAGUCCUACUUAGUCCUACACACAUAUUUUAAUUAGGAUUUAAUGAAGUUGGGUGGGGGUGGGGGUGGAGGCUGAGCAAUACGAUGGUGAUGAUGACAACAGUGCUUGUCUUCUUCUAGUCAGUAUUACAUAGUGUCUGUGAUGACCUUCUUUAAACAUUUUUGACAUUAACUAUUUGCACUUGUGAUCUGAGAUAGAUGAUUAUUGGUGUAAUUAUUUUAGAUGGCUCUAACUGUUGUUGCCUAUAAAACAUUCUGUCCUUGUACUGUGAGAAAUAAAUGACGUUUUGAUUAA